UGUAUGUAUCCAUUUCCCAUUAGGACAUUCGAACGAUAUAUAUAUAAGGCUGUCGACCAGGGAAAAAAUUAUAGAAGUGUAUACCUAUCAAAGCAAUCGAUCGAACCGUCCUCAAGUGAGGACUUACGGACAUCAUGGGUGUUUCAAAGUUCUUUAGAUGGAUGAGCGAAAGAUAUCCCUUUGUGCUUCAACUAGUAGAAGAAAAUAGGAUUCCUCAAUUUGACAAUCUCUACUUGGAUAUGAACGGCAUCAUUCAUCACUGCAGUCAUCCGAAUGAAGGAAGUGCACAUUUCAGAAUAACCGAGGAAGAUAUUUAUUUAGCGAUAUUUUCAUACUUGGAACACUUAUUCGCGCUAGCCAAACCUCAAAAAGUAUUUUUCUUGGCCGUUGAUGGUGUUGCACCACGAGCCAAGAUGAACCAGCAGCGUUCUCGAAGGUUCAAGACGGCAAAAGAAAAUCAAGAAUUGAUCGAGAAAGCAAUUCGAAGAGGGGAAAAGCUACCCGACUCAACUGGGUUUGACAGCAACUGCAUUACGCCUGGUACUCCGUUUAUGGCUCGAUUAUCUGAACAGUUGAAAUACUUUAUCAACAAGAAAGUAUCCGAGGAUUCUGCAUGGCAGUCAGUCCAAGUUAUAUUCAGUGGACACGAUGUACCAGGAGAAGGUGAACAUAAAAUUAUGGAAUAUAUCCGACUAUCGAAAGCACAAGAAGAUUACAAUCCCAACAUUCGACAUUGUGUUUAUGGCUUAGAUGCAGAUCUCAUCAUGUUGGGAUUACUGUCACACGACCCACACUUUUGUUUAUUACGAGAAGAAGUGAAGUUUUCGGCGCAGAAGAGUUCAUCAAAAGGGCUUGAAAAUCAGCGAUUUUACCUCCUCCAUAUCUCUCUCGUUCGCGAUUAUCUAGAUUGGGAGUUUGCAAGCUUACGAAAAGUGAAAGAUUUAGAGUACGACCUCGAACGAAUCAUCGACGACUUCAUUCUACUCUGUAUAUUUGUUGGAAACGAUUUUUUACCUCACCUGCCAAAUCUACACAUCAACGAAGGCGCCUUGGGAUUGCUUUUCGAUAUCUACAAGAGGGUCUUACCAAAAGCGGGAGGUUAUUUAAAUGAAUUUGGUACCCUUCACACCGAACGAUUACAACUAGUUUUGAAUGAGUUAAUUGUAUAUGAGCGAGAAAACUUCGAGCAUAUAUGCGCCGACUCUAGCUGGAUCGAAAGCAAACGUUCGUCUCACGGGAAGUCCAAGAAAAAGGCGACCAACAACCCUCUGGUUCUAAGUGAGACCCAGCGCACUCUCCUUUCAAAAAUCGAACAAUUCGUCCAAUCCAAUCUCAACUCUCCUAGCAAAUACGAAGCCACCCUAGCUCUACCAGCAUGUUACCCAGCAAAAGACCGAAAAUUCCUCAGAGAUUUGGCCGCCGAAUUGAAUCUAUGUAUUUCCUUUGACGAAUUUAACGAGAACGAUGAACCGCUGAUCACCUUGGCAUUUGAUCCGGACCAAUCCCCUCCAGAGGAUUCGGCCAUCAAUGCCGUCCAGGACAUGCUAGAAGAUUUCCAACUCGGUCAACCGGCCAAACCUGAAACCAAUACAGCCCAAUCCAAAGUUGAUGAAGUCUUUCAUAAAUACACUCAAGCCGCUAAGGAACCUGAAUGGAACGAGGAUGAUUUUGAUCAAGAACAAGAACAGAAAUUUCAAAAAGCCUUAUCCGAAUGGAAGUCGCAAUACUAUCAUGAAAAAAUGAAUCUUGAUUUUGCCAAUCCGGACCAGCUUCAUGAGCUCACCUACGCCUACACAGAGGGCUUGCAAUGGGUUCUACACUAUUAUUACGAUGGGGUUGCUUCGUGGAGCUGGUUCUACCCGUAUCAUUACUCCCCCAUGAUUUCAGAUUUAAGCAAUGUGGCGCCAUAUAAAUUUUCAUUCAACCUUGGGAAACCCUUCAAACCAUUCGAGCAACUCAUGGGAGUCCUUCCAGAAUUAAGUUCCUCUCAUGUUCCGCCGGCAUUUCGAGACUUGAUGGUCAAUUCAGAAUCCCCGAUCAUCGAUUUGUAUCCGCGGCAGUUCGAAACCGAUCUUAAUGGCAAGAAGCACGAUUGGGAAGCGAUAGUUAAAAUUCCUUUUAUUGACCAAGAUAGACUUCUCAAGGCUAUGAAAGCUCAUGAGCACAAACUUUUAGACGAAGAACGUAGGAGGAACGAGUUUGGUCCGACUUGGCAGUUCAGAUACAACCCACAAACCUCGGUCACCUAUCCAUCCUCUCUGCCAGGCUUUUUCCCAGAACUUCACAACUGUCAUUCGCGGAUGACGGUGUACGAUCUUCCGACGAUCCAAGGCUUGCGAUUGAUCAAAGGGCUUUGCCAAGGCGUUCUACUAGGAAAAGAUACAGUAGCUGGAUUCCCUUCACUUCACAAUUUACCCCAUACGGGAACCUUACUAUUCCAUGGAAUCAAAGUCCAUCAAUCCGAGAGUAAGGGGGAGACGAUCGUGCUAGAUAUUCCCAAUGUUUAUGAAGGGACGAAGAUAGAAGACCUUGCGAACACGCUCCUGGGCUCCCGAGUCUAUGUGAAUUACCCGUUCCUUCGGGAAGCCAAAGUGACGGCGAUAUCCGACAGUCUGUUCCGAUAUGAACUAGACCCGCACUCGCAAAGAUGUCGAUCGAUCCCUCAUGAGGAUAGGGCAUUAGCUCAAUGGCAACGCUCCGCCGACGGGAUCGAGUACGAACUUUCGAAGAAGUGCGGAAUGGUGAUCGGUGACGUCGAUGUGAUCGUCCAUGCAAAGCCAAUCAAAGGCCUCCAAAGGAUGGAAGAUGGUGCAUUGGUUAAAGAAUUCGAAAGCCGCGAUUGCGAUUAUGCUUUGCAGACUAUCGUCUUACAAGUCUCCUCAGCCGACCCCCGAUUCAUGGAACAAAGUGCCAAAUCGAUCACCGAGGAAUUCCCUCUGGGAAGUAAAGUUUUUUUCCUGGGUACAUUACUAUAUGGUGCUCCAGGACAGGUAGUUGGACAUUCUAAAGAUAAGCUUGACUUACGGAUCAUGUCAUUUCCGACGGACAAGGAAGAGAACUUUGCGUUUCGAAGUGCCUUAAGAGCGGAGGGUGGAGCCUCGAAGCCAUACGUUCCUUCGCACGUAUUAUGUCGACGAUUGGGGAUCGGAGGAUUGACUCUGAGUAAGAUCACCUCGAGUAUCAUGGUCCUGGAAAAACCAGGCAGUGAUAAUAAGACCAACAUCGGUCUUAGUAUGAAGUUCGAAGCAAAAGCUCAAAAAGUACUCGGCUUGACUCAAAAAUCUGAAUCUGGUUGGGAAUAUUCUUUUGAAGCUGUCAAAUUAAUCGAAGAAUAUCUGGAACGAUUUCCAGAGGUCCCAGAAAGAUUAGAGAGUCGAGGAAGCGAUCUUCUUCGAGCGCAAGAUUUCUUCCCCGAGCAACCAGAGGCGCGAUUAGCCGCGGUGAAGGGAUGGAUCAAGUCGAAGGGGGUACGAGAUUUUGACCGAGUAGGAUUAGAGACGGACUCAUUAGAGCGAGGGACGAUUGAGAGAUUCGAGGCGAUCACGAGCAAGUUCCUAGCCGAGCGGACGCCGGAGAAGGUCAAACAGGCUAUCAUCCGUCAUGUGCCUCGUCGGGCAAUCCUCAAACCUUCCCAUGCCGAAGAACAACUCAAAAACCAAUCCUUCGAGUUGGCUGAUCGGGUGACUAUGGUCAGUGAUCGUGGGACAGUGCCGAUCAGCGCUAAGGGUGUCGUCGUCGGGAUUACUGAGAAGUUGAUCGAUGUCGUGUUUGAUGGACCAUUUAUUGGUGGAACCACCCUUUCGAACCGAUGUGAGAUGUAUCGAGGGGUUUCGAUAGGACCGAGUACGAUCCUGAAUCUGACUACGCCUCAAUAUCGACAGAGCAUUACGGGCGGAGUUCCACAGGAGAAAGCGGCGAUCAAGCAGCACGGUCCACCAGUAGAGGGUCAAGUGGCGGGUGCCCAACAGGGUCUUCGAGGCCGAUGGCAGACGGGAGGGGUGGCUGCGAGCAUCAACAAUGGACGAGGAGGUCCGGCGGUAGCGAGUCAUCCACGAGGAGGACCGCCGACACGAGGAAGUUGGUCGGGCGGCGAGCAGACAAGCCGCGGGGCGCCGGAGCCGACACGGAUCUACGGGCACCCGAGCUCCCGGCAUGUCGAGGAACCGGCGACGAGCCGGCCGGCCAAUGGCGCAGGAUGGCGCAGCGGCGCCGGGCGCGAGGGAGCCGAGACGACCUCUCAUCGGGGCAGAGGCUCUGCGGGGACAUACCGGGGCCCGUCUGAGCGGACGGUGCUUGCCCGACCUCCGGCGCCCUCUCAGCCGGUGGUCUCUCCUGGCCCGGCGCCUGAACGCGACGGCCCAUCCUGGAGGGGUCGCACUGGACGAGGUCACCCCAGUAAUAAUGGUGCUACUCCUCCGCUUAAUGGUAGGGGUAGUCCGGCCCCCGGUAGGGGCAGCAGGGGCAGAGGAAGACCGGGCCCAACCAGAGGAUGAAUAUCAACUUUCGUGCUCGCUCACUCGCUCGAUUGAUGUUGUUUUUUCCUUCUUCUUCUUCUUCUUCUCUUGCGCUCCUCUUAAAUACUUUGUUGUGUUGUUUUUGCUAUGUUUGCUCUGAUGAAAUACGAUCGAAGUGGUCUGUGACUUGAAAACUGACCCGGUGAAUGUCCUAUCUACAUGGUCUGGAAUUUUGCUGUUGUUGCUGAAA